AUUUUGUUUCAUUUUUCUUGCUGUUAGUAAUUUUAUUCUUAACUGCUUUGGUGGCCUAUUUAUUUAGUGUAAAGACUGCCUUAUCGAAUAUUAAUAUGUCUGAUUUAGAUCUUGCAACGCUAAGAAAGCAGUGUAUUACAAGUUUAUAUUUGUGUACCGACAACGUAUCUAAAUAUUUGGAAGCCGAAAAAGAAACAGAAUUUAAUAAGUUAAAAGGUUACGUCGAAGAAUAUUGCUUGCUUGAGGCACAACAGGAUGUGGCAUUUCAAGCUUUAGAGAAAGCUAAGAAUGAAACAGAUGCCUCUAAUGUUGAGUCACUGGAUGCGAGGUUCUCGGAGCAUCUCAGUGGGAUGGCCAGCAGAAGACUGAACGUGAGAAAUCAUCCUUACAUGCUGGAGCUAGACAAGAGGAUAAAGAAGGGCCUGCAGAAUGCUAGACCAAAUCUAGACGAGUCAGAUCUUGCAAUAACGGAGUCCCAGGAAAGAUAUGUGGACCCAAUAACAAAGAAGCCAAUAGAAGACCCGGUGAGGAACUCCUUGUGUGGACACAUCUAUGAGAGGCAAACUAUAAUGGAGCUGAUUAACAAGAAGAACAGAGUCAGAUGCCCCGUCGCUGGUUGCGGCCACCGCGAGCCGCUGCAGCCGCACCAUCUGCUGUGCGAUGAGGAGCUGCGGUUCCGUGUCGCGCUGACGCUGCACUCCACCGCCGUCGCCGAACGGUCCACUAUGGACCUCGAUAAUACGGCUUAGAAGCAGCCCGUUAAUCACGUGAUCUUCUUUGUGUACGCACUUACACACUGAGUUUGAAGACUAUCGCGAUUUUUGUCAAAUCGGGAGAGUUUUGUUUCAAGCCUCACGUGAUUAAUCGGACAAUCCCUUGCUGAUGUUCAGCGCAGAGAAUUCCUCUGGCUGAUAAAUUCGCUGUUUGUCCUAUGCCCGGUUUUUUCGGCAUUUUUACAAGACGUCCAAAUAAACCAAGCUGCAGAGUAUGCAGAGUCCCAAAGGCACGAUCUCUUGGUCAAUGAGACGUUUCCAAAUAAGACUAAAGUAGUUUUUUUUUUUUUUAAUCUAGCAAUGUAAACA